CGUUCAGUCUCCUACCUAGCGUCUGCUAGGGUUGCACAGGCCAAUCCUGUGUGAAAUGGUGUUUUCGCUACUGUGCUUACUGCGAGGAUCUCUGGCGCCAGCACGCCAGCAGACGACGGAAAACCACGUAUCAACUCAGGUGCUCCGCCCUCCAGGCUCAUCGUCCUUUAGACCUCAUUCUUUUCCCAUCCAUGACUACAAGCCGUCAUGAGUGAAAUAGAUACCUUGGUCCAAGGGACGACUAGAGCAUUAGUUGUCGGGGAGACCCGUACUUCGGUGAAAGAGGUCAUUCCGGAGGUGGGAGGGACCUUCCAACUAGACGAAAAUGUGGUCAAUGAUACGCAUGCAUUCGAUCCUACUACGUCAAGUACCAAGCCAGAAUGCUCUUCUGAAUGCAAACAUAGUCCUUCCACCGGGCUCAAAGGUUGUCCAGGCCAUCAGCUAUGGCACAGCCGCAUGGACUCGUGCGUCUCGAAUCAUCAUUGAGCAUCCUGAUGGCGAACAGCAAUCAUACUUCCUCAAGUGUGCGACUGAGGAGAUGGGAAGAAUCAUGAUGGAAGGAGAGCAUCGAUCCAUGGCGGAGAUCUACUCCUACAUGCCUGAUUUCGUUCCGAAACCUGUCAUAUCGGGCAAGUUUAAACAGUCGCCGCCAGACACAUAUUUCUAUCUUAUGGAAUUCGUUGACUUGGAUUCGGAGAUGGUGGAGCCUCCGGACUUUUGUCGCCGCAUCGCUCAACUCCAUACGAUGAGUGUAUCGCCUACUGGCCUAUUUGGGUUUCAUCAGGUCACCUUCCACGGCCCAAAUCCUCAAAACACCACCUGGGAAGCAAAUUGGUGCACCUAUUUCACCCGACUGAUGACGCAAUUCUUCGAGCGAGAAAUCAACCAAAAUGGUCCAGCCCCUGAGUAUGAGGCUGCCUUUUAUAAAUUUGCCCGGGAAGUUGUACCUCAAAUCCUGGAGCCGCUACAGUCUGACGGACGCACUUUGAAGCCGUGUCUGAUCCACGGUGACCUGUGGGAGGAAAACACUGGACUGAACCUCGAGACCGAUCUCCCAGUUGUCUUUGACGCCGGCGCCAUGUACGCGCACCACGAGAUGGAGCUGGGCAUGUGGCGUGCCGAUAUCAUUCGAUUUGGCAAGCCAUACAUGCGCCAGUAUCUCAUUCACAUGCCCCCAAGCGAACCUGUGGAGCAGUUUGACGAUCGCAACCGGCUAUAUGGCAUAAAGUACACCCUGUCCCACUGUCUCGGAUGGCCAGCUUCAUCGCAGAGCGAUCGAGAAUUGUAG